UUUGGGUUGGGCGUCCGCCUGCGCCCACUACUUCAUCACCUCCCAAUCCACAGUACACACCACCUCCAUGUCCUGAUGUCCAGUGUCCACCCAACCUUUUCGUUUUUUCAAUUCCCCAACUUGCCAAACACUUCCUCGUUGUUGUGAUGGCUUGAAUCAGAUUCCUCACAUUUUUAUUGUACCCAGUCUCUCUCAUUCUCCAUUUCCAACGCACUCGUGAAUUUGAUACCGUCGGUCGUUUCCCCCUCUUUUCAUUCUCGAUCUCAGUCUCUAAAUUCAAUCUCUUAAUCCCCUUCGACCACCAAAACCAUACUAACACCAUUACAGAUGUAACCAAAAGAAAUAACGUUUCACUUCUCCCUCUGCGGCUCUGCCAACAAGAAUGUUCCUUCUUUCUAUCCAUCCAAGUUCACUUCCUGUAUAAAUAAUUAGCCAAUGUUGCGGAUCAACCCUAGCCUCCGCCUCUCUCCCUCCCACUCCUAUUCCUCAUUUCGCACUUCUCCCAAUCCCUCCUCCUCUUACAGGGUCUGUUGUAUAGCCACAGACCCGCCUGUCCGUCCCACUCCUCCUCGCUGGUUCCAUGUUCCGGGAGCUAUCGAUGUAUCUAAUGGCUUCGGUCUCCAUCUCGUCCAAGACUCGAACGUAAGUGGCAUCGGUGGUUCGAGGAGAAGCUCUGCUGCUAACACUACUAGGGUCAAUGCAAGAGAAAAGAGAUGGUCAUGCGACAGGGAGAGCUACCUGGCCGAUGAUGGCGAUGCCCUCCCCCUUCCCAUGACUUAUCCAGAUUCUUCCCCGGUACUCCCGGAGGAGAUCGAUCGUCGCCUUCAGUGCAACCCCCGAGUUGAGAACUGUAAACAAGUGGUGUAUGAAUGGACUGGGAAGUGCAGACGUUGCCAAGGUUCUGGUUUCGUCAGUUAUUAUAAUAAAAGAGGAAAGGAGAUUAUCUGCAAAUGCAUCCCUUGCCUUGGAAUCGGAUAUGUUCACAAAGUUACAACCCGCAAGGACAUUGAAGUGAUGGAGGAUUUAGAUAAUGGGAAAGCUCCCUGAAACAGAUAUACACAAAUCUUUUUUUUUUUAAGUUCUUAAUUUUCCUUAAAUUUUUAAUUUCAUUCUUUUUGACGAGCUCCCCAUCUGUCCUAAUUAUGUAAUAAUGUAAUACAACUAUUGAUGUUAUUCUUUUGCUACUUCUGGCCUAUUAGUUUAUAACUCACUUUGCUAUGGAUUGCGAAGGAUAAUUCCAUCAGGAUGUUGGAACUUUGAAGCAGAAUAAAAAAGAGUAGAACAUCACUUUACACUGAAUGCA